UCUGGCUUUUACCAACCCAAAUGUUUCUGGAAUAUGUCCGGGGAGCGAGCGUCGUUGCCAUCCGGGGGAGGCGGCCUGCUUCGCGGAAGCAGAACAAGAUCUUAUGGCAGCUUAACUAGCUCUUCGCUUUCUCCGGUUCGCCAGAAAGUCAUUGAACACACAGUUAAACCAGGGGAGACCCUUCAGGGUCUGGCUUUAAAGUAUGGCGUGACUGUUGAGCUAAUCAAAAGAGCAAACAGACUGUACACCAACGACUCAAUAUUCCUGAAGAAAUCCUUGUCAAUCCCAGUCCUGUCAGACUUGAAUGACCACAGCAAUGGGGUAGAUUCGUCUGAGGAAGACCAUAAACAAGGAAAGACAAACUGUGAUACAGAGGAUUAUAGAAAACCUGCAUCAGACCUUACUCCUGGAGAUUUUUUGAAAAGACUGGAUAACUUGAUCAGCCAGUCUAAGGAGGCUGCAGCCAGAGGAUGCAAAGAUGCAGAAAAACGUGUUGCAGCCGUAGAAGCAGCUUGCUCAAGCACAACUUCAGACUGGCGUCCGUUAACAAGGUCACAGAGUGUUAUUUCAUCAUCAAGAUUUCAGCAGCAAGCCCAACUUGGGGCAGUCCCCCUCACCACCACUAAGCUCACCAAGAAGCUGAAAGAAAGGGAAGAUGAGAUCUUUGAACUGUGACAUAAUAAUGUCUUUCUGAUGAUUAAAAAACACUAGACACAUGGUGAAGGGACUAGACUGCAGGUCAAGACAUUUGCAGAAAGGUGAAAGAGCUCUACUAAUAGUGCUGCUGUGUAAAGUUUAAAAAUCCUUUUACUUAGUCAAUAACUAAAAUUUGUUGUAGAAAUGCAGUAAAAAUUGCACAUAUUUAUUUGUGGGAACCUACAGUUUGUAUGAAAACUCUUUUUUGUCUGUAACUGUUUGGCUUGUUCCUACAGAGAAUAGGGACAUGAGGAUUUUGUCACAUGAUGCUUCAGUCAUAUGUCUGCAUAUGGAAAUGCAGCAUUUUCCACUCCUGAUCAUUUACCCAGGAAAUGCAAAUACUCUCACUGUAGCAGUAAGAGCAUAAACAGGUUGACACUGUAUGCUGCUAACACAAAAAAGAGACAAAUCACAGAAAUAUGUUUUUAGGAUAUUUUUGACAGCAUCUUUUAUUAUUUGUUUGUUUAUUUGUUUUUCAUUUUGUUAUUUUAUGUGAUUCAACGAUUAAUAAACUAAUAUUUGUUCCUGCAUUGCUGGAACAUUUACAGUUUUGGUGCUUCUGUGAAAUUUCACCCUAUUACAAAAAUGAAAAACUUCACAUAGCCAGAAGAGACAGUUCCUUACAAAAGUAUAAAUACAUCUUGGACUUUUUCACUUUGUUUCAUGUUUCAAAUGCAAACGUCAUUUUUUUUAAUCAUGAUUUUAGGUUAUAGGCCAACACAAAGUAGUUCACAAGCUUUCAAUAAGGAUUUGGCAAUAAAACAAUAUCACAGGGUUUGCAUAUCUCACUCUUCAAAAUAUCAAUUAAAAAUUAAAAGAAUAUGACACAAAGGCAAUCCUACAGAGAUAUUGCAAUAGCCCUUAACUGACCAUCUGGUUAAGGCGAAUAUGUAUGUGUGGCAGUAUCAUUCUAAGGGGAUGUUCUUCUCUGACGUAAAUCGGAGUUGAUGGAAAGCAGGAUCUAGCUAUACAGAAAUGCUGUGGAAGAAAAAA